AACAAAAGAUCCUGCUUCCACAACAACGGACUGACAACUCCUGACUGUGGGCUCUCGCCCGCCUCAAAGGCAAUUAUUCUCUAGUAAUAUAUAUAUAACAGCUACUUGGUAUACAGUCUCCUAUAGGGGAGCUCUCCUCCACCGGAAUCCCACCUCCGCCGGAGAGUCUGCCGUUGAUCUCGGGCUCCCACAUCGGCGGAGUUGACCACAAGAACAUUGAUAAGGCCUUGAAUCGCUCCGUGGAGAGCGGUGCUAUUUAUACAGCAACCAUGCCUCGGAUGGGGUGAGCUCAAUUCCUGCUGCACGACACCAUGGAAUACCCACAGGAAAGCUUCUUGACGACGGUGUUUACCCCGGACUCCUUCUGGGCACGCCGUCGCCAGCUUGUUCGCUCGAACACGCUGCGCCAUCAGCUGCAGAUGCUUAAGCAGACCGGUCGCUAUGAAGCUUUCUGCCUGCAUUGGCACCCCCGCUAUGCCGACCCCUGCACCGUCUGGCCGGUGCCAAACCACCUGUUCUGGGAUUCUGACGUUGCAAAAUGGAUUGAAGGAGCAUGUUACCUGCUUGCCGACCAGCCCGACCCGGAGAUCGACGCUGCUGUUCACGAGCUGGUCCAGAUGAUUCGCGGCGCCCAGCAGCCGGAUGGAUACCUUAACAUCCACUAUACCGUAGUCGAGCCUGGCAAGCGUUUCACCAACCUACGAGACAUGCAUGAACUGUAUAAUGCCGGCCACCUCAUCGAGGCGGCGCUCGCGCACCACCGCCACUACGGUACCGACGGCCUGCUGGCGCCAAUUUUGAAGUAUGUCGACCUGCUGGCGGCCACUUUUGGUGGCGGGGAGAACCAGAUCCCUGGAUACCCGGGUCAUCCGGAGAUCGAGCUAGCGCUGCUGCGGCUGUAUAGAGUGACGGGCAACAAGCAGCACCUGCGACUGGCGCGGUUCUUCAUUGAGGAACGCGGCAACCCGCACGGGGGGACCGCUCGGCGCCACUUUUACGAUGUCGAGGCCGAUGCCCGUGGGGAACGCCCGCAUGAGCGGCCCAUGUACUUUCCGCUGCCUCGCAGCUACUGGUACCAGCAGGCACAUAAGCCCAUUGCCGAGCAGGAGACGGUCGAGGGCCACUCCGUGCGGGCCAUGUAUCUGCUGACGGCCGUGGCGGAUCUGGUCCGCCUCGGGCCCGGCGACGGCGAGAUCCAAACCACCUAUCGGCCUGUCCUGACAUGCCUGUGGGCCAACAUGAUCGAAAAGAAGUCAUACGUCACGGGUGGGAUCGGCGCCAUCAAGCAGUGGGAGGGAUUUGGUCUUGACUACUUCCUGCCGCAUAGCACUGACGAGGGUGGCUGCUACGCGGAGACCUGUGCGGCUAUUGGCGUGAUGAUGCUAGCUGAGCGAUUAUUAAGAAUUGAGCUUGACGGGCACUAUGGAGACGCCAUGGAGCUGUGUUUGUACAACGCCGUGCUGACCGGGAUGAGUCUGGACGGGAAGGCUUUUACGUACGUCAAUCAGCUGGCCUCGUCCGAUACGGAUCUCUCAGAGCGACACGAAUGGUUUGAGUGUGCCUGUUGCCCGCCCAAUGUUACCCGCACGCUAGGCUUCCUGGGUGGUUAUCUCUGGAGCCACACUGUCACGGAGAAGUCGGCCGUGGUCAACGUCCACCUGUACACCGCCGCCACCCUGCGGCUGGCGGUGGGAGAGUCGACGCUCGAGAUCGCACAGCAGACGGAGUGGCCGAUGGAAGGCAAUGUAUCCUUUACCGUCACCACGUCCGGUGCGCCGGUGGCCGUUGAAGUGCGGUUACGUAUCCCAGGGUGGGCUACAGAUUGGGAGAUAUCGCCUGCGCCCUCCAGCCUCGAUGUGCGUAAUGGAUAUCUCUACCUGAGUGCCGACUGGGUGAAGCAGCAUGGCCAGUUCUGCCUGCGUUGCCCGAUGAUGGCCCGUAUCUCUCGUCCGCACGCGCUUACCCGCCAGCCCGUCGCGUACGUGAGCCGAGGACCGCUCGUCUACUGCGUCGAGGAUGUGGAUCACCCAUGGGAGAAGAAUCAUUUUAAGGAUAUUCUGUUCGAUACCAAGACUCUCCUACGUGAAGAACGCCGCUCAACGCCCGAUCAGUACAUUGCGAUUGUCGCCGAAAAAGGUGCCCGAGGCUCUCUCGACAACUCGUCAUGGCUGUCGAAGAUUGUGGCGGAGUCUUGCUACAAGAUACGUGAUGGAGAGCCACGAGACCUCUGCUUUGUGCCGUACUAUCUACGGGCGAACCGGGGAGGGAGGGGACAUAUGCGUGUUGGGUUACGGGUAGAUGUACCGACCUAGGUGCUCAUAGUAUUAGAUAGGUUAAAUGAAGAUAUAGAGUAUAGUAUAUAGUCUGCUGC